CGCGGUAAAUGGUGGAGGAUGAAUGAAGGCACUGCUGCUAGCUUGUUUUUGGCUAGCAGAUACGACAUCAGUGCACAUUAACUGGUCGUAACACGGCGAAGCAAGAAAUCUCGGAAUGAUAAAGACACUUUUGAAGCUGCGUAGAUGAGCCGCCUACUUGUUUGCGGAUGCUUGCUAUAUAAACUAAUGUGGAAGGCGAAUUGAUUUUCACUGAUUGCUAAUAACAAACAUUAGCAUGCACGGGAAGGAGUCGUUCUGGGUGGACGCAAGGUUGAAACGGACAGGCUGAGGCAGCUGUGCCACCAUGUACUCGACCGCUAACAACAAUCCCACGAAGCCCAGCUGCAACAGCAGCAGCAUCACUGAGCUGCUGGGUGCCCUGUGUGACUGCAGCUUGUCUGGGGUGUCAUGGAAGCGCAGAGCCCUGGGUGGAGUUUCUAGACAAAGUUUUCGCAGAUCUCUCAAGAAGCGUGCCUACGGUGCCCUGCUGUCCAAGCUGUUCCAAGAUGGCACCAAAGGGUUGGCUUCAGGAAAAAGUGCCACAGCUAACACGCCCCCCAGAAACAAAGUCCUGAUGAUAUGUUUUGACUUGCGGGUUGCUGGGUGCCGAGAGGAGGCGGAGAGGUUGGAGGAGCAGCUGGAGAGGCUGUCGGAGGGGGCGUCGUCCGGUCUGAAGGAAGUAGAUGCGGUCCUUGAGCUCCUGGUCCAUUUAGCUGGUUCGGCACCUCCGCCUCCUACGUCUUUCAGCAGGGACUACAUGAGACGGGAGAGGCCUGUGCUGCGGAGGCCUCAGCCGUGGAGCUACCAGAGCGAGGAGCUGCAGAGGCUUGAGGCCCGGGCGUGGGGUCUGGUCUGCGGGGAGGAAUGGGGGACUUUGGAGAGUCUGUGUGGAACUCAGAGGCUGAUGGAUGCUCUGCCGGGCACGGGGCUGCUAGGUUUGAGGACUAAAUUUGACGGAGAAGAAAGAUUUGAGAAGGAGACCAGGCUGACACUGUUUGGAGCGCUGCAGCACACUCGCACCUCAGACAUGGAUAUAAGACUGGACCUGCCUCCUGUUCCCAGUAAUAUUGAUGUGACUGGGUUGGUUAUCAGGGUCCCUCCCUGUUUAGAUCAGUCUGAAGAUGAGGGCUUCCAGUCAGCCUCCAACCUGACCCCAGACUCUCAGUCAGAGCCAAGCCCCAUUCCAGACAUUGAUAUCUGGGAGGCUGUCCGCACGUUUGAGCCUGGAAGACGCCGCUGUUGGGAGUCUGUUGGCUGCCCUCCAGGGAAGCGGGAGUCUUUUUACCUAACAGAGGGAGGCAGAGAGGCCUUUGACCAGCUCUAUCGACUAUGGGAGGGGGAGAUGAGGGUGGUGAGCACAAGCACACCCUCUCCUGUCCUCCCGCUGCCCCUGGACUCUCAGACGCAACUGGUAUUUGAUCUCCUCAACGUCCUGAUCGGAGUGGCGUCCACUACCUUCCCUCUCAACCAGAGUGUUCAGUUUGAUGUCAGGCCUGGGGUGUGCGUGUCGGGAGCCUCUCCAGAGAGCGUGUCUCGUCUCUUGGGGGAGUUGGCCCAAUAUGGAACCUACUACUUGAGGCUCAGCCGUUUUUCUCUACAGAGUGCUGACAAGAAGGGCCUCGUCUUCCAGGCUUUCACCGGUGGUCUGAGGAAGUAUCUGCAUUACUACAGGGCUUGUGUUCUCACCACUCCACCCACUCUCAGCCUUUUGACGAUUGGCUUCCUCUUCCGCAAAGUGGGCCGCCAACUCAGGUACCUGUCAGAAUUAUGCUGUGUAGACGGGCCUUUGGGUGCUGGCCAGUCCACCUUUCCUGUGGGUGUUAAACUGCUGUCCUACCUGUACAAUGAAGCGCAGAAUAACUGCAGCAACGAGAACUAUCCCGUCCUCCUGUCGCUGCUAAAGAGCAGCUGUGGACCUUACACGAGGUUUGUCUCUGACUGGGUGUACAGCGGCGUGUUUCGGGAUGUUUAUGGAGAAUUCAUGAUCCAGGUCAAUGAGGAAUACCUCAGCUUCAGAGACAAACACUUCUGGGUUCAAGGCUACACUCUGAUCUCGAAGGAUGUGGAGGACUGUGUGCCAAUCUUCUUGAGACACAUUGCCAAUGACGUGUACGUCUGCGGAAAAACCAUCAACCUCCUCAAAAUCUGCUGCCCACAGCAUUACAUCUGCUGGUCGGAGCUGCCCGUGCCCCGCAUCGCUGUCACCUUCUCCCUCCGGGAGGUGGAGGAGAUUGAGAGAGACUGCGCGGUGUACCGCGGACGCAUGGAGAGGAUCGCCAAGCACAGCGCCAUCAGCAGGGAACAGCAAGCCCUGCGAACAGAGCAGGCUCGCCAGGAGCUGAUCAAUCAGGUCAGAGAAUCCGCAGCCAAGACCCUGGAGAGCAUCCGCGGGCGCCAGGUGUCACAACGUCUGGCUGAGGAGGCCAAGAAGAGAGAGCGUUUUGAGGAGCUGAAACAGCACCUGGAACAGGAGCAAGAGUGGCGAAGUGCAGCCAAAAAGAGGCAGGAGGAGGAUGACUUCAGCUUUGCCAGAGAGCUGAGGGACAGAGAAAACAGACUACAAGCCCUGGAGGAACAGCUGGAGCAGAGAGCCAGGAAGGAGCUGAUUGCUCAAUACAGCCGUCUAUCAGAAGAAGCAGCUCGCAGAGAGAGGCGAGCCAUGUGGAGAGUGCAGCGAAUGAGACUAGAGGAAGCCCGUGCUCAGUUCUUCAUGCAUGACAGCCAGAAAACUCAGGCGAUAUUGGAGAAAUACCCCUUAGGCCAGGGACGACCUCCUGUGGAUGUACUACCACCUGUUCCCUCAGCACAACAGACUGAACCACAGCCAACACCGGAAUUUCCCACUCAGGAGCUCUCUGAGCAGCACAAAGCAGAGACUCAAGAAUCUGAAGCUGUAUCAUCGGCACAUGAUUCAUCUUCAGCUCCAGCUCUCGCCACCCUCACUGCAGACCCUGCCCUCAUCUCUGAGGACAUUGACAUUAACGAUUUUCUCCCUAAGCCACCGAAGCCUGACAGUCAGCAGGUAGAUAUGGCCUUGCAGGAGAUUGGCUCUGACCUACCUGAAGCCUGUCCUACAGCACAACUAAUAGACUAUGACUUCAGUGCCCCCUUUAGUCCACUUGAGGGUAUAACUCAGGCCUCAGUCCAGCCCAGACCUCGUUGGGGACCUGUGGUCCAGUCUGACCUGUUGCAAAAUCACCCCUCUUUCUCUCACAUUCCCAUAGGAGAAAACAUGUCCCAAGUCCAGGAGAGUGUACCCGAAGCCAGCCCCUUUGGCCAAGCCUCUAAAUCCAGUUUUCCUCUAGGCCAGUACACCCCAGAGGAGCCGCAAAAUACCAAAGUUUCCAGACAGUCUUCACAUGUGCAACAAGUAGAUGUGAGUGCUUCAAGAACAGACACCAAGGUUGAAGCACUGAUAAAUCUUUCUGACUGUGCUGGGACUGUGGAGGGAAACCCUCAAAACAGUGAGGACAUUAGAACAGGAGAAAAUAUCUCUUCACCAAGCACUGACCGCCCUGUUUCCACCGAUCAUCUAAAGGCUGGAGAGCUGCUUCCAGAUACCAGUGUCUCUCAACCUUCACUCAGCAUGCAUGGACAUUCCUCUGAUGCUCAUAUAAAAGUUGGACAGUAUGCAUCAGAUGUUACAGUUCCACUCCACUUCCCAAGUAUUCACGGCCAUGCAUCAGAUUCACACAUCAAGGUUGGGGAGCAUGUUUCUGAAGUCGAUGCUCCUUUACCUUCCUCCAGUGUCCAUGGUCACUCUUCUGAUUCUCACAUUAAAAUUGGGGAAAAUGUUUCAGAAUUCGUCCUUCCUCUUGUUACUUCAAACAUCCACGGCCAUGUUUCAGACGCCCACAUCAGAAUCGGGGAACAUGUUUCAGAUGUAGUUGACGCUCUGCCCUCGCCCAGUGUUCAUGGUCACAGUUCAGAUGCUCAUAUCAGAGUUGGGGAGAAUGUUUCAGACUUUGUUGCACCAAUUCCUGUUCACAGCAUCCAUGGACACUCCUCCGAUGCCAAUAUUAAAGUGGGCGAAUAUAUGUCCAACAUUGCCGAAGCGAGACCUCAUGGGAAUAAGCAUGGUCAUGCCUCCGACUGCAUACUUCAGUCAGGCUGUUUGGUAUCUGGAGCAGAACUUCCCAUGGCCCCUCUACCUGGAAGCUCUUAUGGUCACUCUUCAGAUUCAGCGUUAGGCAUUGGGUGUCUGGUUGCAGGACAUGAGCCCAAAAAUCCUCCUCUGCCUGGUGGUGCCUAUGGUCAUUCCUCAGACUCAAAUUUAGCCUCUGGAUGUCUUGUCUCCAAAGCUGAUAGACUUCCAUCACCGCUACCAGGCAGCACCUAUGGCCACUCAUCUGAUUCAACUCUGGGCGUUGGCUGUGUGGUGUUGGGGUCGGACCCACAACCUUCUGCACUGCCUGGUAGCGCUUACGGCCACUCAUCAGAUUCUUCACUUGGAGUUGGGUGUGUGGUGAAGGGCAAACACAGUGGAAAUCAUCAGGAAACGAAGGACCAUAAAAAUGAAGGCUCUAAGUUGGGGAGCUCCAGUGAACAGCUGCUUGAGGGCAUGGGGUCCUGGACAGCUGGCUUGGGCUUGUCGUCUGGAGAAAAGUCUGAGCAGGAAUACCUUUUGGCUUUGUCUGCCCAGUACGAGGUGGAACACUAUGAAGACUGCUACAACUUAAUGGCUUCUUCCCCUGAGAGCCAGCUGCUGAAGCAGGUAACUCGUGGCCCCUGGGGCCUUCCUAUGGACCCCACUCUCCGCAGAGCCACAGACACUACAUCCGUCCAACUCAGCGAGAUGGUUUCCCUGCCAGUUCUGAUAAAACACUCGGUCACUACCCCGCUCAUCACGCAUGUGUCUUUGGUGAACAAAGCAGUGGUGGACUACUUCUUUGUUGAGCUGGGAGUGGAGAGACACUUUGAGGCCCUGCGCCACUUCCUGCUGAUGGAGGAUGGAGAGUUUGCACAGUCCCUCAGCGAUCUCCUGUUUGAAAAGCUGGGCAGCGGACAGACGCCGGGUGAGCUGCUGACCCCUCUGGUCCUGAACUCCAUCCUCAGUAAGGCCCUGCAGUACAGCCUGCACGGAGACACCCCUUUAGCCGGCAACUUCACCUUCGCCCUCCGCUUCCUGCCCGACACCUUCCACCCGCACGCCCCCGACUCUCUCAACUGUUUGGAGCUCCGCUACAAGGUGGACUGGCCGUUGAAUAUCAUCAUCACAGACAGCUGCAUGAACAAGUACAACCGUCUGUUUUCGUUCCUGCUGCAGCUCAAACACAUGGUGUGGAGCCUCCGGGACGUCUGGUUCCACCUCAAGAGGACAGCGCUGGUGAAAGGUGCGGGUCGCUCCGUGCAGUUCCGUCAGCUGCAGCUGUACAGGCACGAGAUGCAGCAUUUUGUCAAGGUCAUACAGGGAUACAUCGCCAACCAGAUCCUGCAAGUGUCCUGGAGCGAGUUCGUAGCAAAGCUCGCCACCGCCAGCGACCUGGACGCCAUCCACCGCACGCACGCAGACUACCUCAACAGAGCCAUCUUCAGGGGUUUGCUGACGGAGAAAGCGGCUCCGGUCAUGAACAUCAUCCACAGCAUCUUCAGUCUCAUCCUCAAGUUCCGGGCCCAGCUGAUCGCACAGCCAUGGGACAGCCAGCAGGGGGAGGCAGUGCACCCGAGCUUCAUUGCUAUGCAGCAGUCGUACAACACCUUCAAGUAUUACUCUCACUUCCUUUUCAAAGUGGUGACCAAGCUGGUGAACAGAGGUUAUCAGCCUCAUUUGGAGGAUUUCCUGCUUCGCAUCAACUUCAACAACUACUACAAAGACUCUUGAGCUGUGCACUGGUUUGUAAGUUGUACAUGAGACAGGUGUCUGUUUUAGACAUUUAGUAAUUUGAGAAUUGCUUCACCUAAGACUAAUUCAUAUGUAUAUAUAUUACAAUAAGUUAUUCCAGCCUUUAUUUUCGUGUCCAGAAUAAAAUUAAAACCUGCCUAUAGUGUGUCAUAGGCUCUUAGCCUGCAUCAGUAUACAGAAUCUGAACUCUGUGUGUGUGCUUGAAUAAUUAGACUCUGCUUCUGGUCUGAAUCUGUAAGAUAAAGCUGAUGCCUGUUGUAAUGCAUCCCAUGCUCGUAUGUGCCUACAGCUGUGCCUGUUUUAAGACAAUAUAAGAUAAUCAGUUUAAUGUAAAUAAAAAAGCAAACCACUUUGUUUCAUAAAA